AUGUCAGAGGUAGAGGAAGAAGACAGAGCACUUCAUUUCUCUCGCAAGUGUGCAGAACGUCCUUUUGAAAAUAUCAUUAGUGUCAUUGCAAAAUACCCAUGGCACCAGUCCUACUUGAUAUCAACCAUGCACAGAGAUCACAUUUUUGAAAUGCUUAAAUUAUCAAUUGAAUCUCUUCGGGCUCAUUUGUCAAAGGAUUAUGUUCAUAUUGAUCCUACCUUAUUGGAACGCCUGACGAGAGCAGGAUUGAUGUGCCCUGCAUUUACCGAACGUCAAAAGUUGACACUACUUCAAAAUGCUCGUAUGGAAUGCCCUGUCGAUCUCUACCAUGUAAUCUGGCCACCUGUCAAUGUACUCACGCCCAGUCUUUCGACCUCAACCACCUCUCCACUCUUCAACACUCCAACUGGUGAAUACUUUCCCAAUUUUCCAACUCAAUCAAUGUCAAACGCACCACAAUAUGAUUAUUUUGCGCCCAAGCCUC